GAACGACGACUGUCAAAAUAAGCUAGUUCUAACCUUAUUCUAGUUUUGAAUUGCCAGGCUAAGAGGCUAUAGAUAGGUUUUAUUACUAUUCAAUAUUCAAGGUGAACCAGGGUACCUGUAGUGUAGGAUUUAGAGGACAUCCUCUUUUGUAAUAAUGUUUUCUGUAGCCUCCUUCGCAUUUUAAUAGCGUACUUGAGAAAUACUUCACUAUGGAUAUUCUUAAACUAUUUUCAGAUUUUUUAAGUAUUAUCACAAUUUCUUCAUGCUUGAUUAUCAAGUUUCCACAGAUACUUAGCAUUCACAGAUUAAAAUCUGCUAGUGGUAUAAACAUUUAUGGGUUACUUCUAGAAUUAGCAAGCUAUACCACAACUACAUGCUACAACUAUGUGAACGAGUAUGCUGUUUUGAAUUACCUGGAGUACCCCAUAAUUAUUGUUCAAGAAUAUAUUUUAAUAUUUUUGGUUUUGAAGUACAAAAAUUCUCUAAAUUCUAGAACAUAUCUGCUGACAUUUUUAUACUUUGCUCUAACUCUAGGAUUUACAUCCAAAAUUAUCCCACCAUCAGUGUUGACCUUUAUCAUUCCGCUGUGCACGCCGGUGUCACUGAGCAGCAAGGCCCUACAGUUAUGGGAGAUCCUCAGCACUCGUAACGCAGAUUCUGUCAGUAUAGUCACCUGGCUCAUAUCUGCAUUCACCAACUUCACUCGUGUUUUUACCAUUUCCAUGGACUCCGCUGACAAAAUUCUGCUGACUAACUUCAUCUUGUCAGGAGCUUUGAGUUCCUGUAUAGCUCUGGCUACAAAGUAUUUCCAAAACCAAACAAAAAAACAAGACUAAGGCGAGAAAUACCAGUUGAAAAAUGGGAACAGGUGGGAUUGAUGUUUCCUUAAAGGUGCCCUAUUUUUUUAUCGAAAACUGGCAAAAUAAUUUCUAUAAAAGUAAUUUAUUAAUUUGUAUAUAAUAUAGUAGGCCUACUAUACAUUUUGAAGUUUAUUGUGAUACAUAGGCCUAACAUGAUUAAUCAAAAGUUUCCGGGAGUCAAUUAUUUUUUGCUUGCAUUAAAAUGAUUCUAUCUAUGUAUCUUUGUAAAUCAUACUACUGUACCUGUUGCUCGAAUUUGAGCAAUUGCGAAGUAUUACAGGCGUUAUUUUAAAACGAAUAACAGUCAUAAUUUCAGAUGACUUUAAAAGAGUUGACUCAAAGAUUAUAGAAAUACUCACAAUGUACUUAUCAGUUCGAUGUAAUCAAUAUUUAUUGUAAAGCCCCCCACACACUACCGACCAGACCGUCUGGUCUGGCGUCUGGCACUUGUCUUAUCGUGUGUGGGGCUGUCUGCAGACCGAUUUUCUCGGACCAGACUGUCUGCGUGUCUGAUGGUUGCAACCCUCAGACCACAGACGGUCUGAGGUUCCCCCACCACUAUUUUUGUCUGGUCUGUGAGUGUGUAGCGCUGUCUGUCAGAUGGCCGACCAUCGAGACAGUCUUCAUCCAUUUGUUGGAGUUCUCAACACAGUGUCUCAAUUACGAAUGUUGGAAUGUCUGGUCUGGGAGUGUGUAGAGCCGUCCAAGACGGUCUGUUUGCAGCCAGACGGUCUGGUCUGGUAGUGUGUGGGGGGCUUAAAUAUCUUAUCAUUUUUCAAAAGCUGAUCUUAAUGUUUUUUAGUGUUUUCUACAAAUGUUCCCCACUCAUAGCUGAAUUAGGUUGUCCAUAAUAACGAUUAUAAAUUCUGAAAACAACAUUAUUUCUAUUUCUUCUACUUGGUGGUGUUCUAUGACUUUCCCAUGUUUCCAUAGUUUGCAAAUCGGCUCUUUCAAUUCUUGGUCAAGAAAUGCAGCACAUUGUUAAUUCAGUUUUUUUUUUGUUUAUAAUUAUUAAUUUUUAGUAUAUAGUAAAUUGUCCAGGCUUAAUCGCUUUUGUCCAUUGUAAUAUUUACGUCAACCCAAAUUCAAAUAGUAAAUAUUCCAUUUGAACCAAGUCAGUAAAUGUUCGUAGGACACGUUUCUUUAAAUUAAUGCAACUAAAAUAUUAACAGCAAUUAAAUUGUCCAGCUGAUCAUAAUAUAUACAAAUAUGUUCUUCAUAAAGAUAACAUGGGAACUUUAAAAGCCCCUGGGGUAGAGCCCAAGGGACUUUUUCAAAAAUUUAAGGUCAGUUUGCAAAUCUGCACACCUAGACGAACAUUUUGGUAUAAAAUAUGUGGGGUUAAAUGUUUAAUGUAGCGUAUUAAUAAUAUAAAAAGAUGUUAUUAGAAAAGAAUUGUCUCAGACCAAACUUAAAAUUUCAUAUUAUAUGUUUGUCAAAGACAAAUACAAAAUGUUGUACUGAUAGAAAAAACCUUUGGCAGUCAAAAUUGGUAUCUCAGUAAUUUUUGAAACUAAUUUGUUGAGGGCUAAUUUUUUUAUAUUGAAAUUUUGAAAAAUAUUGGUAAAGGUUGGAUCAUUUGUUAAUUCAGAUAAAGGCAUUCAGAUAUUUGAAUAACUUAACUAAAACAGCAAAGCGUGUCAAUUUAUCCUAACUCCUUAAUACAGUGUUCUAAAAAGUUUACAAAUAAAAAAAAGCUUAUUCGCUAUUUGGGAAAUUUGCUAAAAUCAAUUGCCUUGAGUAGUUCUAAUUGUGCAGUAUAAAGGCAUAAAUAUCUGUAUCAAAGGCACUCAUUAAAGUUAACUUCUAAAGGCUUUUUCAAAAAAAAGAUUAGGAUGAAAUUUGAAAUUAAGUAUAUGUGAGGAGUAGCAGUUAAUGCAUGAACCACCACGUAAAAAUUGUCCAGAAUUUGUAAAGCAAAAUUUAAAUGCUUUCUUUAAACUAACCAGGAGGAUUAGAUGAUGUCCAUGAAAGAUCACCAGCUAUUAACUCCUUAAUAAUGAGCCGUUUAAAAUGGCUUUUAUAAUACUAAACUUCAACUAAUAAAUUAACCAUCUAAAUUUUUCAUGUUUUGUGAAAUUGAAAUUCAGAAUGAUCUGACAACCUCCAGACUGAAAAUAAAAUUAAACAUCUAAAGCAUUUGCAUUGCUGUAAUGUACAAUUUUAUGGAAUAUUGUGCUUUUCAAAAGUGUAAUUUUAAAAAAUUUAAGGGUGUGGUAAGGAAUUGUUCAUUUUCUUACUGUAAAAUGUAUUUUGUAGUAUUAUGAGAGGAAUCUGUCACAAUUAUUACCAUUCGAAUUUUAGAAUUUGAAAAGCCAUUUCAAAUUUGUGUUUUAGUUUCUCAAUAGUAUGAGUGUAAUGUGUUAAAAGGAAAUCCCAGAAAAACCUUAUCAAUGUUUACAGGGUUGCUUAGAAUGGUAUUAUUUAAUUUAUUUUUUAUUAAUAUUCAAUGUUUUCUGUUAUGUGUUUGUACCAGUGUACUUGUCCAUAGCUUUCUUGGUUUUAUUUCAUCCAUAAAAUAUAAAAGCUAUUUUAUUUAUUGAUUAUGUUGUCAUUGUGUCUGCAGCUAUUUUAUAUUAUUUGUCUUUAAAUUAUAUGUUUUAAUGUUUUUGUUAUAAUAUUGUUAUUGUACAAGCUGUGCAAAUAAACCACUUUUCCAA